GGCAUCUUCCCAACCACUCACUUCAAGCCCGAAUACGACAGGGAAGACUCUUGACAAGAUUCGCAUGCAGUUGAGAGCUUCCUUUGUUGGGUUGCGCGAGUUGCCUGUGAUAUUGAUCGGCAACGAAUUCAAGGGGUUGAGCGUGGACGAGAUGGAGGGUGGCGGGGAGGGAAAGCUAUGA